AUGUCUGCCUUUGACGAGAACGACGCCUCUCUGCUCGCGUCCGCUAUGACCCCGGAUGUUGCUCUAACUAUCAACGGCAAUGAUGUGUCUAGCUUCGAAAACGUCAAGGCCCACAGCCUCAACACUGUGGGCCCGAUGGAUACGACCCAUUUUGUAACCAACAUUCGCAUUGACGUUGCGGACAAUGACGACCCAUUGCGACCUUGGCCUCUGGCUCAGCAUUACACUCGUGGGGAUGAACUCGGCUCGAGCGAGAGAAGGCUGCUCGGAGGAUCAAAACAUGUCAUGGAGCUCAGUGAAGACGACAACGAUGGGCUUUGGAAGGUCAAUAUGUGGCACAUGAAGGCAGUAUGGAGAGAGGGAGGUAUGAGGUGGUUGCACCGGAAAGCUUGA